AUGGAUAUAAAUGACCUCCACCCUCCAGAUGACUACAGCCAUCGUUUUUUUAUAUGGCACGAGUGGAUACAGGCUCAAGGCCCUCUGACCACAGAGAAUGUUCUGGUGUACUUUGCUACGUCUAUGUUCUAUGACAAACAGAGCAAUAAUCAGGUUCUGCGCAUGCAGACCCAGCAUUCCAAUGCUACGCCAAUGACGGCAGCAGAAGAAGCAAAUGAACUCAAGCUGCCCAGGCGGUUUGUCGGUAUCGAAUUUGCCGUCGUUCAUGCAGAGGCUCCCACUUUUUUCAUCAUUCAAAAGCGUGAACGAUUGUCUCCUGAUGAAGGUAUCCUUUACACCCCUUUGCAAGGAUUUGGCGAUCUCAUGGGAACAUCCACAGUGCGGCCCUUGGCAGCUUACUUUAUUAUGAACAAUCGUAUCUACCAGUCCCCGGACAUCUACACCGUUCUUUCAAACCGUCUGCUUACAUCUUUAUCUGCUCUCCAAUCUUCUCUCGAUGUAUUGCGUAGACACCGGCCCGACUACACUCCCCGCACAGGUUUUGUUUGGCCUAUCAGCGUCUCGGAUUCCUCUGCCUUGGACGCAAGUAAGAAACGAGAUAUCGAAGCAAACCCUACAGAAGGCCAAGGUGAAACCGAUGUGGAACAUGAAAGACGAUCAAACACUCCCAAAAGGCAGCAAAACAACAUGCUGUUGAGGCAUGCAAUGGCCACCACAGCAUCACACUCCAAGUUGUCGUUCGUGGCGUCCAAAUUUGCUGAAAACAUUGAAAGCAUGAGCGCUGAAACGCCAGUUACAACUACAAUGCGGUCUUCCGCUACACCUGCGCCUUCUACUCAGGAAACAGCACAAAAAACGUCUGGUAGCCAGCCGUCAGACGUUGCCAGAGUAGGGGUGGUUAAGAAAAAGAAGAAACGUUUGUCGCACCCAAGACCGAUUACACACUAUUACUUUACUGACAUUUCAUGA